CUGUCGGUACAGGCCGCGCGAUUACCGCUGCUUUUUCGGACGUCGUAAUCUGGAUCUGGCAUUAUGACCGGCAAGGAAUCAUUCAUCAAUUUCAUUCAAGAUCUCAUCCCGCGAUCAUUCAUUGUGCUAUUGUAUUGCUCUACAACAGUUCAAACGUUCAAGCUCAAGCUCGAUGGUUGGGACCGAAACGAGCACUUCCUCCCAGUUGAAACUGAGGAGACACGAUAUUACAAAUACGAAAUCAUGGAUAAAAAUCAUGGAACGGUGGAUCUGCUUCUUCACACCAGCCGCGCAAAAAGAGCGACGCACUACGGACUACAAGGAUGCGCCCCCAAUGUGGUCCCUGUCACUAGUGAAGCGUUCGCCAAGAAACACACAUCCAGAAAGAUGAAAUGGUGGCCCGUUUUCAUCUGGAUUUGCUUGUGUUACAGGCAGGGACUCGGAGUGCUUCUGCCAACGAGACCGCGCGCUUUGGAUAAAUGGGCGACCUUAAACGCUGUGGCAUGUGGCGAGAAGAAGUACUUUUCCUUAGGUCAUCUGCAAGUUCACUACCCCUCGGACAUCGAUCAGCGUAUGGGAGGCUUCCUUGUGGAUUGUGUCGGGGUGCUUCGACAAAAUGCCGAGUGUCGAUCUGCUCGCCUCGACCAUCCACCUGUACAAGGGGCAACCGACCAGUCCACUGAUGAGGAGCCGGAGGAUAUCGAUGGUGUUCUACACGUGUUUACGACCACGACGAGCUGGGUCAAGCUCACAGAGCUCAGCAACCCUUCACAGUGAUUUAUUUAUUCCUGCAUACGAUUUUCUGCAUACCGACACUUGUGACUUUCAGUUGUUUAUAGAU